GGUCUUCCCCUGAAUCGCAGAUCUUACUUCAGAGUGCAAGCACGAUGCAGCUGAAGCGAUGGCUCUCCGUGGCCCUGGCGGCCGGCCUCCUGCACGCGGCCUCCCCGAUCCUCGUGCUCUCCUCCUCGGCGGCCGCGGCCACCACCACGGCCCUCACCCUCGGCGUGGGCGUCGCCAACCCGGCGCUGGCGCUGGUCGGGGGCGCCGCCGUCCUGCUGGGCGCCGCGGGCCUGGUCGCGGCCAAGGCUAAGGCCGCAUCCCGCCGUGGCAGGAGGGCCGCCCCCGCCCUCGAUGACGACGUCUACGCUCAAAACGCCCUCGACGUCCUCUUCGCCGCCGCCGGAUCGCUCGACCAGCGCUCCAACUGCGGCCUCCGCCUCGUCUGCGAGCUCUCGGCCACGCCCGAGGCCCAGCUGGCCGCCGACGAGGCGCUCAUCAUGGCCCUGUUCGGGAGCCCCGCCCUCGCCGCCCACGACCGCGUCUCCGGCCCCGCCUCGCCCUUCCAGCUGGCCGCCUUCCUCGGCCGAGCCUCCGAGUCCGCCUCCGCCUGCGCCCGCACCUACGCCAAGUGCCCCUACGACGCCGCCCACACCAUGGACGUCCUCCGCCAGAACGCCCUCAGCCACCUCUAGCGCCCGUCGCCCGGGCCUUCGCGCCCACAUGAAUUUCAUUUUUCUUUGAGAAAAAAUCAUAAAAUCCAAACUUCCAUAACAGUCCCGAAAACCAUAAAAAGUCACGUGACACGAGAUUUCAGGAAACGUUUUAGUUUCCUGUUUUCUCCGCCGAGGGAGGAAAGGCCUCGCGCGCCAUUCCAUUUUUUUACUUGCGAAAUAAA